CGCCAUGUCUAGACCAUUCCAAAGCCAGCUGUUCAGAACUAGCCCAAAAAUAUUUUGCGUCGAUAUACUAGAGGACCACAACAUAUCUUUAAUUCUUGUAAUUUAUGCGGUCUUGUGGAGAAGAACAUUGGUUUAUGUGGAUGUCACUUUGUUCCCCUGAUUGUAACUGCUGGAACAGUGGACGGCUGCUGGCUUCCAGAGCGCUCGCUGUCAGACCCGCGGGGCUGCGCGUUGACAGAUGACGGGGGCGCGCUUCAACAUCGGAAAAUGUGACACACCGUCCAUGCAGGAGGUGGACUCCAAUCAAGUUGUGGAAACAUCUCAAGGAUUAUCAAUGCAAACAGGAUGCACCUGAGCCCAAUUUCGAGUCUCAUAGCAAAGGGUCUGAAUACUUAAGAUGAUGUGAACUUUGACCUCUGACGGUUGAGGUACUGAUGAUGACGAAGCUAACCGUACUAAACUGUUGACCCAUCCAACUGCCUCUGAACAGGUCCAAGCACCACCAUGCCUCAGCCAGGUAGCAGUGGGAUGGAGCCUGUCUUUGGUGAGGCCUAUGGGACCAACGGGUUAUCUGUGACCUUAGAGCCAUUCACCAUCUCUCCUACAGGGGGCAGUGCAGAGUCAGACAACUGUCCUAAGGGUGUGGUGGUGAUGUUGGGGGCCCCAGCCUUGUCCCUGUGUCGAGGCCAGCAGCCUGGAUGUGAGCUACUCAGUGAUCUCUUGGAGGAUGUGUUCACUGACGACACACACACCUCCGAGCGUCGCUGGGACAUCUCGGCACUGGAUGACAUCACACACUACGCCAAAGGCAGCCCAGAGGGGGCACCACCGAGCUGCGAGAGCUCCUCCGUCUCACCUGAGGGAGGCAGAGAAGAACCAUGGUUAUCCCUAAGACCAGGGGAGAGGCAACCGAGGAACCCCACAGACCUCACACCCUGUGUAGGGUUGGGGGCUGGACACCUCCUCCUGGCUGGUAGAUAUGUGGAGUCCUGGAGCCAAGAGGCUGGAGGGCGGGAGAGUGAAGCUAGGGAAGGGCUGCAGCAGGUGGGUCAGGAAGAGAUGGUGCAUAACUACUCUCUACAGAGUGAGCCAGACACUGAGUCUAGUCAAGGAACAGACAGCAAUAUUGAAGAGGAGGAGAAGGAGGAAGAUGGGAAAGAGGAAGAGGAGAAGGGGACAGAAGCCAUGGAGGAAGAGAAAGGGAAGGAAGAGGAGGAGCUUCAGUCCCAUAAGAGACAAAAGAAACGCCGGCGUUACUGGGAAUGUAGCCUCUUCAGUGAGGCAGACCUGGGGAGAGAUGGCGAUAAAGAUAGAUUGAGAGCCAAAUGGAGAGAUGGAGAGAAGGAUAGAGGGAGAGCCGAAGAGAGAUAUGAAGAAGGAGAUGAAGAUAAAUAUGAAGGGGAUAUCAUCUGGGGCCGUAGCACCCUACCCACCACCAUGUGCCUGAAAGAGGGGACCUCCACCAAUGGUAAGCCAGGCCAGAGGAAGGCCCGUCGUACAGAUGCCAGUGACCUGACCCCCAGCCCUGGGAAGCUACAGAGCUUGGGAGAGCAGCUCCAUACACUCAGCUCUGCUCUGGAGGGCCUGACUCCUGUCAGUGACCUGCCUGUUACUGCCAGGGCCCCAACACGAAAGGAGAGGAACAAACUGGCCUCCAGAGCGUGUCGGCUGAAGAAGAAAGCCCGGCAUGAGGCCAACAAAAUCAAACUGUGGGGGCUGAACCAGGAGUAUGAUGGCCUGUUGUGGGCAGUGCUGCAGAUAAAGGAGCUGAUCCGCCAGAGAGUGGAGAGCAGAGAGGAAGACACAGAGAGAGGAUGUCUGAGAGAGAGACUGGAGGACAUUCUGAAGGAAUCAGCUGGGCCACGUGUAGCAGGACGAAGCAAAGUGUUUGUGGAGAGGAUCUUGAAGAACCCUGCCGGGAGACAGAGCACCAGAGAGACUAAGGGAGAAGGGUCAUCAGACCCUAGCCACUAACCUCUUCUCCCCACCAGAGUCACUAUCCCGCCCCUUCUUGCUUCACUUUGCACUUUCUAACAUGGAGAGAAGGUAGGAUAGGCAGGCAGUCAGGCAGGCAGACAGACAGGUAGAAAGCAUCUGCUGUGUCUUGGCCUCUAGCUGUUACAGUAUAGCUGAUGAGUGUCUCAGAACAUUAACGUGUGGCAUGUUUGUUUAUGAUUGUGUGUGUGUGUGUGAGGGAGGAAGUGUGCAUAAUUCCAGUGUAUCUAUUGCAUUAUGUACUAUAGUAUAUACCAUCGUGCCUAUAGGAGGACACUGUGUGCUGCUAGCUAGUCGUCGUUAUACACUAUCUAUUAUGGGAGAGGAGUGACAUUGAGUAUGGUGCUUAUAAUGGUGGACAUGAUGACUAAGCUGUUUAUCUUGACGUCCAUUUUGAAUCGUACUGUAAACCAAAAGUGCAUAGAUAAACAGACAGACAGGGGGAAGGACUUUGGCAUCACGUGAAUGUUGCACAGUGCUUCUCAAAGAUGCUGCUUGCAUGGUCGUUUUAUAUGUCUCUGCAUUCCUUACAAAGUAAAUGAUGUUUCUCUACAGAUCCUCUUUAAAACUGAUGUCAUAAUGUACUGUACUUCUCUACAGAUGAACCUGUGUAGAGGAUUAAAAAAACUUAAACCAGGGAAACUCCCGUCUUCAGGAGGUUUUCUGGUUUUAUUUUCUUCCUGCAAAUCAGUGACUGGACUGCUACCUGGGAAACCUGGGCCCAUGUUCACAAAGAGUCUCGGAGUGCUGAUCUAGGAUCAGUAGAUCAUAAUUAAUAGGAUUACAUGGACAGGGGGGGACCUAAUCCUAGAUCAGCCUUCCUUCCCUGAGACACUUUUUUAACAUGGGCCCAGGCGUGUCUUCUCUCGGUAAUGAGUGAUUAAGUGCCACAGGGAGAAGAGAGAACAGCGGACACUGCUGCACCCCUGAGUACCAUAGUUGUCCAUCCAUGUCCUAAACCCACAGUACUGUAACUGUUAGAGAGAUCCACAUCAAUGGUUUCAAAUCUGA